AUGCACCAGCAUCCACGAUCGCCCAUGCCGGCGAGACAGCCAGGCCAACGAUUAUCAGGUCUAGCCAGGGACGAUGUCCCAAGAGACCAGGAUGAUGACCGACCGCCGUCAGGGGCCGCCUUGGACACAACGAGGGGUCUCGGAAUUGACCCUGGCGCAGAGGCUGCGGCUCCUGGAAAGGAAGCCAUGGCAAGGCUGAAUCAGAUCAUAUCCAAUUACCAUACAAAAGCUGCCUUAAUCAUUCUGCAAGCACGAGCUGAUCUUCCACCCGUCUUCAGCAAAGGGUCUGACACCCCAAGAGUCAACCGUUGGUUCAAUGUCGACCUUGACGAGACCGAUGAAUACCGAGAGAGCAUAAGGAAAUGGAAAACUUGCGAUGCCACCGAUAAUCGACCGCUGCCAAUGGUCAUUGAGACAUAUCUAGAUGCCAAGUCGUUGACAAAUAGCCAGACCCUCGUUCUCAUUGACAACAAUGGGAAGCGCUGGGAUGUGCUCGAGGCAUUGGCUGCGUCUCAAGACACGGUAAUCAAGUCAAGGCCCAAGGAAGUGGUUCUAGAAAGAUGGAGAGUGGAGCUUGGCCAGUCAGUUACAAGGCCACCACCUGAUCUAAGUGCAAUUCUACCGGCAGUCUACAAGAAGAGUAUCGUCCUGUUUCGGUCCCUGCACGCAUAUGCUAAAUUCCUUCCAACCUGGAAGAUAGUCAAACGAGCUGGUAUUAUGCGUUCAAACCCCGCCUUAGAAGUCAAGUAUCGAAUUCGUGAAGCUCGUGAUGAAGAUCAGACGUUAGGUUUCGAUAACCUGACUCUUCCCCUACAAACAGGAAACGAAAAGGUUGUCGAAACCUACUCUUUUGGUACCACAGACUCACCUGCUGGUCCAUUCUCGAUUCAAGUUACCUACCGUUCAAAUGUUGAUUUUAGAGUUGAUGACUCGGAAUCUCUCCUGAGUUCGCGAUUUAUGGGUGCUGAUGACACUUAUUUUCUGCCUUCGUUGCCGUCAGAAGAAUCCAAUAAACUAGCUGCGCAAGAACCAGGGUCCCUGCCUGUACGUAGGAAGGGCAUGGAAAAUCCUGAUCGUAGCCAGGCAUAUGGUAGCCUCUCAACCUUCCACCAGGUAGGGCCAACAACUGGCGCUAGUCCUAUAUCAACCUUGAGGGCUGCUCGAGAUCUAGUUGGCACAUCCCCGUCUUCAGCAUCCCCUCCCCCCAGGCUUCUCCCCGCUGCCAAAAUCGGGUCAGGAAGUCGCACUGCUGCAAUAGCCAAUGAAAGCAGCUCAAGCAUGGCGAGACGUCCUUCGGUGUCAUUCAAUCCUUUCAAGGCUCCGCCAUUAUCCGCAUCGCCAUCUUUAGUUGAUCCACCUCUUGGUGCGUCACCGCGCGCAGCUACGGCCCGUACUGCAUCAGGGAAUCCUAGCGAUCCUAGGGCGAUGCUUCCACCUACGGUUCCAGCUUCUGCAGGCCGCGCAUCUGCCGCAGAACAAAUAAUAUCAUCUUCAGCGUCUAGCUCACCUCGGCCAGGUCCAACAUCAAAAUAUAGCAGCUCCUUCAGUCAUCGAAGAGGCAGGCUGUCAUCUGGUGGCAACGCACGUAUAGACGAGGACAACACCUCAAGUGGGAAAGCAAGUGCGACAUCAUCAAGUGCUCAGCCUGGAUCGGGUAUCUUAGCAGAACCAACUGGCACGAGUGGGGAGUCACUGCAUACUGACGACGAGAAUAUAUCCGACUUCCUUAAGAUGCUGGACAUGAGAAAAGAUCUUCUGAAUCCCGUCAGAGCUGCGGCUGUGGAUGCUGCAACUCGCAGGACAUCUGCUGCAUUGACUCGGUUUCAGAGAAUGCGAGAUUCAAAUGCUGCCCUUUCUGAUUCCAUGUCCUCAUCCCUCCUUCUCCAACGAUCAUCAGCAUCAUCCAGUCGACAAUUAUCUAGUGUCCCCGCAAUGGUUGCCGGUACAUCAAUAUCUACCGCUUCAUCUCCGGGGAAGCCUAUUUCGCCACAUACUCCCCAUACACCUGCCAUCCCCUCUCGUCUAAGUUCCAAUAGUAUUGUCAACUAUAACGACAGAGAGGGAGAUUCUCCUCUACGACAACCAGACGCUGAACAAGAUUCUCAGCCUGAAGAGAGUACAAGUUACGACACAACGCAUCGUUCCACUCGCCCAGGUGCUAACGCAAUUGACAUCCCUAAAUCUCCUAGACCCCUUGGCCCCAGUUACCGGCGUUCGAGUUCUGCUGCUCAAAACCGUCGAAUUAGCACUGGCGGUGGCACUGAUGAGGAAGAAAUCUUUCCUUUUGCAUUGAGAAGUGUCUCGUUAGGCGCGGAGGAUCGAACUAAUCUGAGUCUUAGCACUCGACUUCGCCAACAAGAUAACGAGAAUAUAGGUGCUGGCGGCACCGGUCAACAAGAUGCAGAAACCGCACCUCCUGCAGACGAAGCUAACAACAAUGCUCUACGCGAUUUUAGUUCCCAGCGAGGUGGCUAUGGGGCUAGCGCUGCAUCAUCAAAUCAUCCGUAUCAGACUCAUUUGUCUCAUAGCCGGGGACGAGGAUCCUCUGGGGCGCCACCAUCGAAUGGUUCUGCCUCCGGUAGCCUUUCCCGCGGAAGCGCGAUACCGUCACAUUUAAGUGAACGCGAACGUGAACGUGAUACGAGUGCCAGUGGAAGUAACAGCGGAAAUUCCUUUACAGAUAUCCGACGCGGAACUGGCCAUCGGAGUGGCUCUGGACGCUCGACUGCACAGCACGCAACGGCGUACGAAGAGGAUGAGCCUCUCUUAUUUACAAUGAGUGAUUUUGGCGCAUCAAGAAGGAGCCUGGAAGAGGGUAGAAGGGGUAGCGUGGGUGGUGAAUCGAGUGCUACGUCUGGAGGGUCCAGGCGUGGUAGUGGACGACGGAAUCCUGGAACAACAGGUUUCCAUGCUUGGCAAUGA